CGGACGGCUCACAUAGCAACCGGGCGAGAGAAGCGACUUAAUGUCGGAGCGAAAACCGGUUUUACUCUGAAAUAUUGUUGUGUUCUUUGUAGAGAGUUUGCCGAACAGCGAAGGAAGAUGUCGAACAUUAUUCAGACAGUUUUAUCGGACGUCGGCUGGGACGAGCGCUUUGCUGCCCCGGAGCUCAACGCUGAAAACAAAGCUCUGAUGGAGGAGAUUCUUAAGAAAGAGAUGGAGUUGAUGCAACUGACAAACAAACUUGAGAGAGACAAGGAUCAAAAACAAGUAUUGACUGAUUUCCUCAAAAGUGCUAAACAGGAGCUGGAAAACACUGCGGCUCUGUGCAAAGCCAAGCAGAGAGAGGAGGAGUUGGAGAAACACCUGACAGCCCUUGCAGAGAGAGAGGCAGGUCGCCUUGCUCAGGAGACGACUAAGAUGAAGAAUGAGCUCGGAUCUUUAGCAGAGAGGAAAGACACGCUAGAGAACCACAUUUUCAAGUCCAGACAGAAGCUAGAAGAGUUUAGGAACCAGUUGAACUGGGACCAGGAGACAAUGGAUGCCUUUCUAGAGGAGUCAGCAAGCCAAGAUGAAAACAUAAUGUCCAUCAUUAAGUAUGCUCAGCAAGAUGAGCAGAGGAUCAAGUCACUCACUCUGGCUAUAGAGAAGAAGACCCUGGAGGCCCAUGAAAAGCGCAAAGCACUUGACAAAGAGUUGACUGAAACAAUGUCUGCACAGGUUGCUCUGGAUAAGACUACUGAGAAUUUGCAGCAGGCUCACUUGGAGACUCAGCAGCUCAUCCAUCAGUGGGAGAACACUAUCAAGCAGAUGAAGCAACGAGAUGUUCAGAUGCAGCAGUGUGCACUGCAACUUGCCCAGGUCAAGCAGAACAUCAGGGAAAGAAACGAAACCAUUGCAGAGAAGAAGCACUUACUGGAUACUCAGAAGAAGAACAACAAGGAAACUGAGAGGAAGAUAGCGGCAACCAACGUUCAGGCAGCAAAACUGCGGCAGGAUCUGACAGAGCAGCAGAAUAACUGCAGCAGGCUGCAGGAUGAGCUGAGCAGCAGCAAAGGCACACUGGACAGAACAACCUCCAAUGUGGAGUCUCUGACGGCCCACAUAUCCAGAAUGAAGAAAGACAUCCAGGAUAACAAUGACAAACUGACCAGGGUAAGGGCUUACAAUGCUGCACUGGAGGAGAAGCUGAAAGUUGUAACUCAGACUGCACUUAGUGAGGAAGAGAGAGCUGCACAGAUGGACCAGUUCCUCAAGGAUGAAGAGCAGGCCAUCAAGGAGUUGGAUGUGCAGCUGCGAGACUGCAUGGAGGCGCUGUUUCAUCGUAAAGAGCAUUUACAGGCCGCCAAGACCAAGGAGAAGGAUGUUCUUGCACAGAUUUCAAAGAAUAAGUCCAUCAUUUCCAACCUGGGCAGCCAGCUCAGUAAACUGGAGAAGGAACUGACAAGACAGCAGAAGAUCAUGACUGAACAGGACACCCAGAUGUCCUUCCUGACUGAUAAACUGAGGCGGCUGCAAAGUGACGUUGAGUCAGAUGAAAAACAAAUGCUGGACAGAAAGAUUGCUGAGCUGACCAAAGACCUGGAGGAGAAACAAAAGACAGCCAAAACAUUGACUAACACACUGAAGGAGUCUGAGGAUGAUAUUCGCUGUUUGAAGAAAAAGCUGGAGAAGUCAGAAGCUCAAAAUAGUGAUCUGACAGACAAGGUAGAUGAGCUCCUGCUGAUCCAUACCACCAGUGAAAACGAGCUGAAGAGACUCAGGAUGACGAAAUAUGACAACAUGAUGGAGCACAACAUUUUAAAAGUAGAGGUCAGACGUGUGAGAGAUCUGCUGUACAACAAGGCGGACAGUGUGCUGUCUUUGGAGAAGAGGAAGUUGCAGCUGCAGGAAGCCAUGAAAAAGAGAGAGGAUGAAAUCAAGGUGUACAAAGAGAUGCUCAGCCAGCAGCUCAAGACCAGCGAGCAGGAGAGGCAGAAACUCAGUGUUGAACUCAAUGAGAAGCUGCUCAAGAUCGACACGAUGAAGAAACGUUUCGAGGUUGUGAGUCUUUCACUGGCAGCUCCUGAGGGAGAAGAGGAGCAGUCCCAGGCUUACUACAUCACAAAGGCUGCACAAGAGAAAGAGGAGCUCAAGCAGAAGGGAGACGGUCUGGAUGCUAAAAUUCGCAAGACGGAGCUGGAGAAUAGAGCUCUGGAAAACACCAUCCAGCUGUUCAACAACAGCAACUCUGCAUUUCGCAAAUCCCUCAACAAAGCCAAUGAAUCCAGUCCAGAGUUUCAGGAAAAACUGAAGCUGGAAGAGCAGCUGAGAGUGGCUGAAGAGACACUAAAAUAUCGAAAAAAACAAGUGCAGGAGCUCCAACAGGACUUACAGGCCAUGAACAAUACCUUUGAGAGUCUACUCCAAGAAGAGGAGCUGGAGAAAGAUAAGAUAAUACAGAAACGGUCGCUCAUCAGUAAGCUGAGCAAAGAAAUCGCUUCCCAGCAGGAAAAAAUUGAUAGAGCCACAAAACAGAGCUCCAAGCUGACCAGAGAGAUCCGCUCAGUACAGAACACCAGGAGUGAGACUUUCGAAGAGAAAGACAUUAAGCUGAAGGAGCUGAAAGAAUUUAACAAGAGCAUCGACGGGAUGCUGAACGAGGUCAUGGAGGACAAACCUGACCUCAGAUCUGUGCUGGAGAAAUACUUCCUGCAGGCCAAUCUGUCUCUUCUGGCUCCAUCCUCCACUCCUAGCAGCCGCCGGAGCUCCAAGACAAACUAUGCUCAUAGCUCCGCCUCUGUCAGGUCUCCUGCCUCCUCAGCCAGCAGCAGCCCCAGGGCCUCCACACUUCACUCCCCAGUGCUGAACACAGUGGACCUGGGCCUGGGUCUGACCAUGACCUCCCCUCCUCUCACCACCUCCAGAUGCUCCAGCUCUGCCAGCAGCACAAGCAGCAGCAGCAGCAGCAGGAAGUUAAAGAACCUGUAGUGUCAAGUGACGGCUGCUUUAUUAGCAUUUUUUAUUUAGUUCAACAUUUCUUCAAACAGACGAGUGUAGAGUUGCACAGAAUAACUGUAGUGCCCUGUAUGAUGUGUUAAUGCUUUGUUCAGGAUAACUUGUGUGUGGAGCAGUUGUGUAUUUUGACAUGUCAGUUCUUAAUCCUUGACUUUAUGAUUUUCAUUAAUUUAUAUAAAUCUACUGAGCAUGAAAUUACCUGAUUAGAAAGAGUGCAGUUUGGCAAAUGUCUAGACAUUUUUAAUGUAAUUUUUUCAAAAGAAACAACAUUGUUUUCCAUUCCAGUUCUUGAUUUUAUGUUUUCUUUUGACUUAGAAAUAGAAUUGAUCCAAAGACAACUCAGUAAAAAGUAACAAAAAAACUUACAGCUUCUGCUUAAGUGCAGAAUUUAGUUUUAGAUGUUUGAAACUGAUCAAAAGCGGAUCUCUUUCUCAUCUGUUUCCUGGUAUUGAUAAUCAAUGCAUCAUUUACAAAGCUGUGAAAUAUAUUGUGGGAUCAACAGCCACAUUUUUUUCCAGUGAUUAAUAAAAACACAUCUUUAAAAAAUCCA